AUGUUUGACGUAGACACCGUGCACAAUUUUUUCACCAGCUGGUAUGGAAUUCUUCUUGCUGUAUUGAUUGGUUAUCAUGUAUUUGAUUAUAUUAGAAUUCAAAUUGUUAUGAAGAAGUUGGGAUGUGUCAGCCCUCCUGUUGAGCUGGAUGGAUUUUUUGGUUUUAAACUUUUGUACACUUCCUUGAAACACAAGAAGGAAGGCACACUUGUCAAUUUCAUCAAAGAAAGAUUCGAGACGGUAGGAAAAGAUACCUUCAGCUUCAGAAUUGCCGGUACUCCUGUUAUCUCCACGAAAAACCCAGAAAACAUAAAAGCACUUUUGGCCACCCAAUUCAGUGAUUUUGCAUUGGGAACUCGCCAUGCUCAGUUCAAGCCGUUGUUGGGAGACGGAAUUUUCACAUUGGAUGGCAGUGGAUGGAAGCACUCUCGUGCGAUGUUACGCCCUCAGUUUGCUCGUGAGCAAGUGGCCCACGUCAAAAGUUUGGAGCCUCAUAUUCAGAUGCUUGCCAAGCAUGUUCGCCGGGCGAAAGGUGGAGCAUUCGAUGUUCAAUCGUUGUUUUUCCGCUUAACGGUGGACAGUGCUACCGAGUUUUUGUUUGGCGAAUCGGUUGAAAGUUUGCAAGACGAGUCAAUUGGAAUGGCCAAGGAUGCUGUUGACUUUGACGGAAAAGCGGGAUUUGCUGAAGCUUUCAACACGGCGCAAGUCUACUUGUCUAUUCGUUCGUUGGCGCAGAAAGCAUACUUUUUGGUGAACAAUAAGGAAUUCAGAUCGUCCAAUGAAAAAGUACACAAGUUUGCCGACUACUACGUGCAGAAGGCAUUGAAUUCGAGUCCCGAAGAGUUGGAAAAGCACUCGCAAGACGGCUAUAUUUUCUUGUACGAAUUGGUGAAACAGACUCGUGACCCACACGUAUUGAGAGACCAGUUGUUGAAUAUUUUGUUGGCAGGCAGAGACACCACCGCAGGAUUGUUGUCGUUUACUUUCUAUGAGUUGGCAAGAAACCCCCAGGUGUGGCUGAAAUUGAAGGAGGAAAUCUAUGAAAAGUUUGGCAAAGGCGACGAUGCUCGUCUUGAGGAUAUCACGUUCGAGUCGUUGAAGAAAUGUGAAUAUUUAAAGGCGUUGUUGAAUGAGGUGUUGAGAUUGUAUCCUUCUGUGCCUCAAAACUUUAGGGUUGCUCAGAAAGACACCAGUUUACCCAGAGGUGGGGGUCCUAACAGGGACCAACCCAUUUUCAUUGCAAAGGGUCAAACUGUCACCUACACCGUUUAUGCCAUGCACAGAGAUGAGCAAUUUUACGGUAAGGAUUCCGAGGUGUUCAGACCCGAGAGAUGGUUUGAACCCGAGACAAGAAAGUUGGGAUGGGCUUUCCUUCCAUUUAAUGGAGGACCAAGAAUCUGCUUGGGACAGCAAUUCGCAUUGACGGAAGCAUCGUAUGUGAUUGCCAGAUUGGCGCAAUUAUUCCCCAACUUGGCCAGCCAUGAUGACGAGUACCCACCUAGAAAGGCAUCGCACUUGACCAUGUGCCAUCAAAGUGAGGUUAAGAUUUCUUUGGCUUAG